AUGCCCCAGAGCUGGAGCCUGAGGUCGGGGCUGGAGAGCAGAGAGGCCGCGGAGGAAAGGACUAAAGCGGGCUUCGAGAGCAGAGGACCCCCGCUGCUGCAGCUGCGGCUGGAGGCUGCGUCUCUGCACAUCUGCACCUCGGUGGAGCGCGCGCAGAGACGGCGCAGACUAGCCGCUAACGCGCGCGAGCGGCGGCGCAUGCUCGGUCUGAACGUGGCCUUCGACCGACUGCGCAGCGUCAUCCCGCAGCUGCGCAGUCAGAAGAAACUCUCCAAGAGCGAAACCCUCCAGAUGGCCCAGAUCUACAUCAGCAGGGUCCUCGAACUGUGCUCGCACGGGCAGGGGGGUAGCACCAAACCAUAUGGUGGGGAUUGA